AAACAACUUCCUUCCAUGUUGAUUUCCACCAAUCACAGCGGUCCCUGGUGUCCCGUCAGCCAAUGGGACGCCAGGAAUUGAUUUCUGUUGCGGUUGGUGUGAUCCUCAGGAGGAAGUAUCGCCGAACAAUAUAACAAAGUUUUUUGAGAAUGGCAGACAGGGCUGUGAAACAUGGACCCUGGACAGGAUGUGCGGUUCUGUUUCUGCAGUCCCUGUGUCCCCAUGUGAACCUGCUCUCACUCUACAAAGACCAGAGCAGAAAGUUCAUUGUCUUCAAAGUCAUCAAGCUGACACUUAUAGACUCUGCAGGAGGUCUUGGUGGUUAUGAGAUACUAAAACUACAUGAUGCUGAUCCUCUGUUGGGUGUGGAGGUGAAGUUUGUGGACGUAGCAGCGUGUCAGCAGUUCCUCGAGAGCUACAGCUCUGGGGCGGUUCGGCAGUCGCUCUCCCAACACGCCUGCCGGCUUCUCACUGUUCCACAGGAGUUCAGCGUGGAAACCCAGCUCAAGGCCAGCACACAAACUUUGGAUCUCUGUCUGGACAACCUGCAGCUUUGCUUACAGCACAUUCAGCUUUCACAGCCGGAGCGCCUGCGUGAUGAUGAGAUUGAUAGUCUGGAGCAGCAGCUGCAGGAUCAGGCCCUGGGUCACGCCCCGCAGUCAGCCGCCCUCACAAAGGAAGAGUCUCCUGUGCCCAGCAACUGCUUCAAGUUCCAAAGGAGGGUGUUUGAGGACCGAAUGCUGACAGCGGCAGAUGUUCAGAGCUUUUCUAAUGGCGUGGGCCGUCACUGGAAGCAUGUCGGCAGAGUCCUGAGCAAGAGCUGCCGGGCUCUGAAAGGCCCGGCCAUAGACAACCUUGCCUACGAGUACGAGAGAGAGGGGCUGUACGAGCAGGCCUAUCAGCUGCUGAGCCGCUUCAUCCAGGCCGAGGGGAGGGAAGCCAAGCUCAGCCGGCUGGUCAAAGCGCUCGAGGACUGCAAACUCACCAGCUUGGCCGAAAAUAUUCUAGACAUAGAGCCACCAGAGUAAAACUCCACAACACUCACGCUCUGUGUGUCGCACAUUAUGUGUAUGUGUGCAAAAAUUUAGGAAUCCAAAAAAAAACUGGGGGGGACAUGUCCUCCUUCACUUGAGAAGGUUUUUAAAAUGUCCUUUCAAAUAUACAUAUGUGUUUGAUGAUUGUUCUCCUCACAUUCAGAAUCAUUCCUCUGUGUGUGUGUGUGUGUGUGUGUGUGUGUGUGUGUGUGUGUGUGUGUGUGUGUGUGUGUGUGUGUGUGUGUGUGUUAAACCGGAUGUGUGAGCAAAUGCUAACCUGUAUGUGAGAAAUGUUUGGAUUAAUAUGUGGGCACUAUUGUGUGUGGCUUUGCCUUUUUUAUUAGUAUGAUUGACUGCUGUUUUCAUUUAGAUAAAAGGAUCUGUCAUUAUUGCAUAGCCACCUGGACAUACUGCCUUGAUUUUGUGCACUGUAGCUGAGGAGCAAAUGAUUUUCACCAUGUGCCUUUUCUGUGUGAGUCUAUUUACAAUUGGAACCUGUUGGUUCUCAUCAAUAAGUAGUGCAAAAGUGAGGGUUAUUGAUUAUUUUUUUUCUACAAAAUGGGUGCAUACAGUUAUCAAAUUAAAUGUGUAUCAAAUUAAA